GUCGCCAGGUAGUGAGCGGACAGGUGAGGUGCGCACUGGAGCCUCGACGCCGCCACCACCACGCACUCGCCUCCCUCCUUGUCUCCCUCGCUCGCCACGUGUUGCCUCCCUCAUACUCACACAUUGCUGCGCCUCCCUCGCUCCUCACUCAUACUGAUCCCAACAAGCUGAUGAGUCCUGUCAGUGUGCCAGUGAGAUGACAUCAACACGUGACGUCAGGCCAGUGUCCGCCACCCCUCCAGUGCCAUCGCCUCGCUCGUUCUAGUGACGCUGGUUACGCCGCAACUCACCGCUCCUCGCCAGCAGACACAAGACGCCGCUGGGAGGGAUGAAGUACUUGAACACUUCUUCACCGCAGUGUUUAUAGUUUACUCCGCCCCCUAAAAAAGGAAGUUUGGCCGCUCUUUGUCGCACCUGCCGCCUACACUUCAAACCUGGUGACCAGGAGGGCCUGCAGCCUCGCCGCCGCCUAGUGCCUAGAUUGUUGUUAAAACGCCAUCAUGCAGUCAACUCCAGUAGGAGGAUUCAGCAUGUUCCCGCGGGCGUCGCUGGCCGUGGGUGCCCCCUCCCUCCUCACCUACCAGAUGCUAGCUUCCCAGCCCCCAGGAGACACGCCUCCUCAGUACCCUCUCCUCCACUCCCCGUUCUUCCUCCCAAUCCAUCACAACCGCAGCCCUCUGUACUCCGCGCACUCUCCGGUGGAAGGAGAGGCCUUUGACAGGUCCCAACAAACUGCACACAGCCCACCGGGUGCGGAGGAAGCCGAGAACGGCACUGCGAGGAGCUCCCCCUCCUCGCCGCCCACACACACCUCCCUCAGGCUUACUGCUGUUAUCGAUGCGCAUUCCACGACACAGUGUAGCAACCUUGCCAGGAGCCCUGUGGAGGAGGACGGCAGCAGGAAGGAGGCGCCCCUCGACCUCACCACCAAGAGGCGACCACAGAGCAGGGACUCUGUCACGCCUACGGUAGGGACUUCAGGGGAAAGUGCGGACUUCCCCGUUGACACAGAGAAAACUUCAACAGAUAAGCAGGAAGAUACCAAACCUGACGAGGCGCAGAAGGUGCGGCCGCGUCAGACUCAUCCAUUCCUAAGAAUAAGUGAACUACUCAAGGACUCUCCUUCGAGCGCUCCCACGCCGCCACCCCCAACGUCCUCCACUGAAAUCCCCACCAAGCUGCCUCUCGUCCACCCGCGCCCCCUCCACCCAGCCUCCCUCCUGGACAUGUACCGUAGCUUUGACCUGCCAGUGUUCCCCGGAUGGGGUGGUGCCCCUCCGCCACGGCACCCACUCUUCCCCUCUCUCCCUCGGGCCUCUCUUCCCGCUCUGGGCGUCCCUCCAGCACGUCCUCUCGGAUUAGACUUCUUCAAGAGUCAUAUGCCUGGUGCGGCGCGGCCUUACACAGACCUCGGUCGACCUUACAAUGAUCUCCUGAGUCCACACCUCGUGCGCAGCUCAAAAGACAGGUACUCGUGUAAGUUCUGCGGGAAGGUAUUCCCGCGCUCCGCCAACCUGACGCGCCACCUGCGCACCCACACGGGCGAGCAGCCCUACAAGUGCAAGUACUGUGAGCGCUCGUUCAGCAUCUCGUCCAACCUGCAGCGCCACGUGCGGAACAUCCACAACAAGGAGAAGCCCUUCAAGUGUCCGCUGUGUGACCGCUGCUUCGGCCAGCAGACAAACCUGGACCGACACCUCAAGAAGCAUGAGCUGGAGGGACCCAACCCGCCGGACUCGCCGGAGGCGCCAGACUCCAGCAGCGCCGCCGUCACGAAUGAUAAGAGUGAUGAAACGGCGGGAGAUGACGUUCUGACGGAAGUGUCCAGUGAUGCUGAGACGAGCGGCACUGAGGGGCGGGCUGGCACCCCCGGCAUGGUGGACAGCGAGGGUAGCGCUGCGGUCCAUCCUCUGCCAUCGCCCUCAGGCCACGAGCCUCCACACAAGCGCCUCAGGCUGGAGUAGCGGCGAUCAUCGGCGGUGGUGGGUCGUGAAGGGACAGCCUGCCGCGCCGCCUCAACACGCCGGGGCUCAUCAUGUGAAAAAGACCUCACUCUAGUCAGCAAGAUUACCUCACCAAAGACCUGCUCGACACAGUUCCCUCCAGCCGCCACCUGACGGCUGUUUCAUCCUGCCUCCCCGUCCAUUGACAGACUGUAUAUGCAUUUUCCUAGGAAGACCCGUGCAGGGAAACUCAGAAGUCAGAUAAUAUUUUCGUACAUGUUUGUAUAUGUCCGCCAGCCGCCAAGGGCACACCGCACGGCAGUCUGUCAGGCAGCCAGUCGGGUGGCUACGCGUGCUUAAGUUCCUGAAGUGAAUAUCACUUUAUACGCAUAUACAAAGUUCAUUGUAUGAAUAAGAUUGUUUAUACGAUGUCUCAGAAAUAAAUUAUAAAUAUUUUG